AUUGGCCACACGGCGCCAACCGUCGGUAUUUGAAUUCUCGGGCGCGGCAGAUGCCGUCGCAAACUGGAAAGGCGAAUCGCCUUUCAUCGGCUCGGUCUCCCUGCGCGGCGUGCUUCCUUCGUCGUGGCGGUCGGCAGCGCGGGCCCACAGCCCGGCAGCGGCAGGCAGAAUGAGUCUGCAAGUCUUAAAUGAUGAGAAUGUCGCCCAUGAAAAAAAUGCAGAAAACUGCAACUUCCUGUUUUCGCCACCAGCCCUUACCGGAAGAACAUCUGUUCUUGGUCUGUCACAGAAGGAAAAUGUACCGCCCAAGAAUCCGGCUAAAGCCACCAAGGUGACUUUUCAGACACCUCUGCGGGAUCCACAGACACACAGGAUUCUAAGUCCCAACAUGACCAGCAAACUUGAGACUCUUUUUACUCUGGAUGACAACAUCGGAUUAGAAAACUCUUGCUAUGCCUGGAUACAGAAAGAGACCCAACAGCUCACCAAGGAUGUGGAUACCAGGUUGCCCAAUGGAAUUCUCCAAAAGCCAGCUAUGGCUGGUUCUGGCCUUUCUCCAGGGGACACCACCUCGGCCUCUGAAGAUGACAGUUGCUGCAAGCCUGGCCUGAUACACCUGGCUAACUCAAGUGUCUCAAGUUCUGCCCAGAGCCCAGGAAGUCCUGAAAAUCAGAUGUUGUCUCCAGGACAAAAGUCUGGCAGUGCUGGCCAGGCCUUGAAGGACAGUGUUAGUUCUCACUCCUCACCUGAAAGCAUGCCCCCCACCACUGAGGUCCUCAAAGACCCUCUUGGGACAGCACCCCAACACCAAAUGGGUACUCCUCCUACAGCCCUGGGAGGGAGCCCCUCCAGCUCUGCCCCAAUCCAGCCUCCUACUCCUGGAAGCCCAGAUGCAGGCGCACCCCCUGCAGGCCUGAUUGGCCCUCAGAACCUGGCCGUGGCCAGCCCAGGUUCCCAGACAGAGGAAGCUGCCAGCCAAAUAGCCAUUAAUCCAAAAUUCGAGCCCAUAAAGCUAGAGUUUGACUUCUCUAAUGGGGCCACAAGCAAAAGGGCAGCUCCACCACGGAGACAAGGAAAGAGGCCCAAGGAGAAGCAGCCACAGGCCCCUGAGAAAGCAAAAGAGGAAGAUGGGGCCAGAGGAGCAGACCAGGUCCCUGCGCCGGCUUCCCAGAGCUCCUACCACCUCAACUGGGACAAGCUGGAUGACCCAAACUUCAACCCCUUUGGAGGUGGCUCCACGUUGGCCAGCAAAGAAGCCCAGCCCGCCGAAAGCCCUGGGGCCAGGUUGGCGCCACCUGCAAAGGACUUGAAUCCAAGCCAGCAGCUGUGCACAGCCCCAGAGGGUGACAGGCCUGCGGUGCAGACAGUGGCUGACGCCCUGAACACAGAGGGCCGGGUACAGGAGGGAAGCUCCAGCUGCUCAGACGCCUCGGCUCCCACGGGCGGCCUGGAUCAUCCAUUGCCGGCCCCCUCCCAGCCCAGCCUGCAGCCCAUCCUGAACCUGGAGGAAGAGAACUUCAGAGACCCUGCUGAGGUUCUAGGCACUGGUGCAGAGGUGGACUAUCUAGAGCAGUUCGGGACAUCCUCGUUUAAGGAAUCGGCCUGGAGAAAACAGUCCUUAUACCUGAAAUUCGACCCGCUCUUGAAGGACAGCCCUGAGCGGCCAGUGCCCGUGGUCCUGGUGACUGACAGCGUGCAGGAUACAGGCGAACCUUCCCUGGGGAACCUGCCAGAAGGCAAGCUUGUGGAACUGGACUUCUUGGGCGCACUGGACGUCCCCGUGCCGGGCCCGCCCCCAAGUGUCCUGGAGCCUGGUGGCCUUCCCCCACCCACCCGACCCAUGCCCAUCGUGGAUGUGCUACAGUACAGCCAGAGCGACCUAGACAUGGCGGUGAGCGCAGCCCAGAAGGAGAAUAAGGAGCUGAGGCGCCGGUGUGAGGAGCUACAAGGAAAGAACCUGGAGAUGGGGAAGAUCAUGGACGGCUUUGAGGGGGUCGUGUACCGGGCAAUGGAGGAUGCCCAGAGACAGAAGGAGCUUGCCAGUGCUGAGAUCCAAAAGGUCCUCGGGGAGCGAGACCAGCUCACUGCCGACCUGAGCUCCAUGGAGAAGUCGUUCUCUGACCUCUUCAAGCGCUUUGAGAAGCAGAAGGAAGUGAUUGAAGGCUACCAGAAGAACGAGGAAUCACUGAAGAAGUGUGUGGAGGGCUACAUUGCCAGGGUGGAGAAGGAGGCCCAGCGGUACCAGGCGCUGAAGGCCCACGCGGAAGAAAAGCUCAGGCUGGCGAACGAGGAGAUCGCCCAGGUCCGCAGCAAGGCCCAGGCAGAGGCGCUGGCCUUCCAGGCAAACCUAAGGAAGGCGCAGAUGCAGAUCCACUCCCUGGAGAAGGCUGUAGAACAGAAGAGCAAGGAGAACGAUGAGCUGACCCGGAUCUGUGAUGACCUCAUCUCCAAGAUGGAGAAGAUCUGACUGGCACCAUGGCCAAUGGGCUCUGCUGCCUGCCUGCCUGUCUGUUUUUCCGUCCGUCUGUCUGUCUGUCUGAAACUAGAUUGUCUUUAAAAGAGGACUAAAUAAAGUUUCCCUUAAGUUCAGA